GACGGGUCGCAUAUGUGUCCUUGCAGUGCGCGACGCGGAUCCCGGAGGCCGGGGCGCUGCUGGACCUGCUGGAGAAGUGUCCUGAGCACCAGAAGAAGGGAGGUUUUCCUGUCGUAGCUUUUGAGGGGUUGGAUGCCACAGGCAAAACCACUGUAACCCAGUCUGUUAAGGAUACCCUGAAUGCCAUUCUGCUCAGGUCUCCACCAGCUUGCAUCAGCCAGUGGAGGACAAUAUUUGAUGAUGAGCCAGCACCCAUUAGAAGAGCAUUUUAUGCUGCAGGCAACUACAUUCUUGCUUCAGAAAUAGCGAAAGCCUCUACUCAGGCACCUGUGAUCAUAGACAGAUACUGGCACAGCACAGCUGCCUACACAAUUGCCACUGAAAUAAAGGGGAAAGUCCAGGAUCUUCCACCAGUUCAUGAUGAGGUGUACCAGUGGCCAGAGGAUCUGCUUAAACCUGACCUUGUUCUUCUCCUGUCUGUUGACCCAGAGGAGCGAGCCCGGAGACUUCAGCAGCGGGGACUGGAGAAAACAAAAGAGGAAGCUGAGCUGGCAACUAACAGUUUGUUUCGCCAAAGAGUAGAAGAGUCAUACAGACGGAUGGUAAAUCCUGCAUGCCAAGAGGUUGAUGCCAGCCCCUCCAAGGAAGAGGUUCUCAAGACUGUGCUACAGCUAAUUAAAAAACACUGUGCUUUGUGA